AUGCAGACGAUCAAGUGCGUUGUCGUGGGCGAUAGUGUGGUCGGCAAGACAUGUCUGUUGAUUUCGUACGCGGCCAACGAAUUCCCCACCGAAUAUGUUCCGGCCGUGUACGACUGUGCUGUCACGGUUAUGAUCGGUGACGACCCGUAUACCCUCGGACUGUUCGACACAGCAAAUGAAAAAUACAACAACCAUCCGCGUUCCCUGUCAUACCCCCAAACAGACGUGUUCCUUGUCUGCUUCAGUGUAACGUCCCCUGCCUCGUUCGAAAACGUAAAGGAGAAGUGGUUCCCGGAAGUGCGCCAUCACUGCCCGGGUGUCCCGUGCAUUAUUGUCGGCACCCAAAUUGAUCUCCGGGACGACCGUCAGGUGCUGGAGAAGCUCGUAAGGCAGAAACAACGGCCCAUCACUUCCGUUCAAGGCGAGCGGCUCGCUCGGGAAUUGGGAGCAGUGAAGUACAUGGAAUGCUCUGCGCUGACGCGGGAGGGCCUGAAGAACGUGUUUGAUAAGGCGAUUGCGGCGGCGCUCGAGCCACCUGUCGUCUGCAAGAAGGACAGGUGCAUCAUUCCCUAG